AUGGCAAUGGCAAACAACAAAACACAAUGUUUUGCAUGUAAUAAAGAAAAAAUAACAUAUUCUUGUGAAGGAUGUUUAAAAAGAUUUUGUUUAAUGCAUUUAACAGAACAUCAACAAAUGUUGAAUGAAGAAUUAAAUCAUAUUAUUAAUGAUUAUGAUCAAUUUAAACAAACAAUUAAUGAACAAAAAGAGAAUCUGUAUAAUCAUUCAUUAAUAAAACAAAUUAAUCAAUGGGAAAUAAAUUCAAUUGAGAAAAUUCAACAAAAAGCACAAGAAUGCAGAGAACUUCUUAUCAAUUCUUCACAAAGAUUUAUAAAAGAUAUUGAAAUGGAAUUUAAUGAUUUAUCUGAACAAAUAAAACAAAUUUAUAACGAAAAUGAAUUUAAUGAAAUUAAUUUAAACUAUUUAAAAAAUCAAUUAAUAGAAAUUACACAAAAAUUAAAUAACUCAUCAAAUAUUUCCAUUCAGCAAGAUUCACAAUCAUUUAUCAAUGAAAUUUCAAUUAUUUCAUCGAAAAUAUCAAAAUUCAAUAAAUGGAAACAAAAUGCCAUUACUGUGGCUGGUAGAAAUGGACCAGGACAAGAAUUAAAUCAACUCAACCGCCCUGAACGAAUCUUUAUUGAUAAAAACAAAAGUAUUUUCAUUGCUGAUACUCGGAAUAAUCGUAUUGUUGAAUGGAAAUAUAAUGCAAAAGAAGGGCAAAUCAUUGCAGGUAGAAAUGGACAAGGAAAUGGAAUGGAUCAGUUGAAUUAUCCAACGGAUAUGAUUGUUGAUCAACAUAAUCAUUCGAUCAUCAUUGCUGAUUGUAGAAACAGACGAGUAAUUCAGUGGUUGAAUCAAUAUCAAGAAAUUCUCAUUGAGAAUAUUCACUGUCAUGGCUUGACAAUGGAUAAACAUGGAUUUCUUUAUGCUUCUGAUUAUAAAAAAAAUGAAGUGAGACGAUGGAAAAUGGGAGAAUAUAACAAUCAAGAAAUUGUAGUGGCAGGUGGAAAUGGACAAGGAAAUCAACUGAAUCAACUCAAUAGUCCUACUUUUAUCUUUGUUGAUGAAUAUCAAUCUAUUUAUGUAUCAGAUAGACAGAAUCAUCAUGUAAUGAAAUGGAGGAAAGAUGCGAAAGAAGGAAUAAUUGUGGCUGGAGGAAAUGGUCAAGGAGGAAAUCUUAAUCAACUGUCUUAUCCUCAAGGACUCAUUGUUGAUCAUUUAGGUCAAAUCUAUGUAGCAGAUUAUGGGAAUAAUCGAGUAAUGCGUUGGUGUGAAGGAAAGGAAGAAGGUGAAGUUGUUGUUGGUGGAAAUGAUUAUAAAAACCAAUCAAAUCAAUUAAAUAGUCCCAUGGGUUUAUCCUUUGAUGAUGAAGGAAAUCUUUAUGUAGCUGAUUGUCUGAAUCAUCGAAUUGAAAAAUUUGAAAUAAUUUUGUGA